ACACACCUCACUCAGAACACCUAGCAGGGCUUUAUAAGUGACUGUUGUGACAGAAACAGGAAGAGACGAUGAAUGAGAGGUCAAGAUGGAGUGUAAAAUGUGAAAAGAGAAAGACAGCAACCGAGAUGGAGACUGAGCACUUCUGCCAGUGUAGUGUACUUGUGAGAGAGGUGUUCUGGACACUGUGUCAGUUAUUUAGUUCCCCCUGGUGUCACACACAGGGCUCAGAGGGGGGAUGCUUUAUCUGGCCACGCUGGCCAAGAGGGGAACCUUUAUCGCGUUGCGCAGGCUGUGUCUGCGUGGUUAUCGGGCACUGUGGAAAUGUAGAAAUGCUAAUGAGAGCCUGUGGCAUUACGGGAGUGUGACAUUUGUGCUCGGAAAUUACCGUUAAAGGAAACGUGCCCCGAAGCAAGAGGUGUGUGUGUGGAGGGGAGGGGGGGGGCUAUAAUCACUAAUUCAGCUCUUCAAUUAGAGCCUGAGAUCCUGGUCAUCUCAUCGCCAUGUCUGAGUCAAUCAGACUGAGGGUUGGGGAGGGACGGGAAUAGGGGACGGACCAUGUCUGCUCUGAUUCCACUAAUGAGACAGGAUUGUUUUUAAUGGAGGAGAGAAUGCCAACAGGUGCACAGGUCUGGGGGCUGGCGCACACACACAUUCUAACACAUUGAACGAACCUCAUUUCAUUAGAACGUAAUGACAAAUUGGGUUUUGAUUUGAAGUUAAUGAGGAAAAGCUUAACAUUGUUUCUCACCUCUGAAAGUUUGUGUGAUGCCCUCUCGUCUCACCUGUACCCCUCUGUCGCUCUCUACAGUGUGUGUGUGUGAGCAGUGACAUAGAGAAGAUGUAGGGAGCACUAAAAACGACAUAUUAUAUUGUACUUGUUGGCCCCAACCUGUUAUGUAUCUCUUGGAUGUGUGGAGAAAGACCAUCUGUUAGAUAUAAAAAAUAACUAAGUAGACAUUUGCACGUGUGGUGUAAUGUGGUUUGUCUGAUGAAUGGUUGUGGGUGAUGUUGAUUAGAGAGUGACGUGUGCCUCUCCUUCAUUUGUCCUCUAAUUCCAUCCCUCCAUAAUGCCAUUACUACUAUUGGAUUUGGCCCUCCUUACACACAGAGACACUUCCUGAUUGUUUGGGCUCAUAAAACAAUGUUUAAAAAGAUUGUCAGAUCUGCCACGUCAGCCCCCAUUACGCAGCCUCGCUUAACCCUUUCAUUUCUAGGAAAAGGGAGUGUGAAGGAGAGGUAUCUGGUGGAUGGAGAGGAGAGGUAUCUGGUGGAUGUGGAGGAGAGGUAUCUGGUGGAUGUGGAGGAGAGGUAUCUGGUGGAUGGAGAGGAGAGGUAUCUGGUGGAUGGAGAGGAGAGGUAUCUGGUGGAUGGAGAGGAGAGGUAUCUGGUGGAUGUGGAGGAGAGGUAUCUGGUGGAUGGAGAGGAGAGGUAUCUGGUGGAUGUGGAGGAGAGGUAUCUGGUGGAUGGAGAGGAGAGGUAUCUGGUGGAUGUGGAGCGGAGGAGAGGUAUCUGGUGGAUGUGGAGGAGAGGUAUCUGGUGGAUGGAGAGGAGAGGUAUCUGGUGGAUGUGGAGGAGAGGAGAGGUAUCUGGUGGAUGUGGAGGAGAGGUAUCUGGUGGAUGUGGAGGAGAGGUAUCUGGUGGAUGUGGAGGAGAGGUAUCUGGUGGAUGGAGAGGUAUCUGGUAGAUGUGGAGGGGAGGAGAGGUAUCUGGUGGAUGUGGAGGAGAGGUAUCUGGUGGAUGUGGAGGGGAGGAGAGGUAUCUGGUGGAUGUGGAGGAGAGGAGAGGUAUCUGGUGGAUGGAGAGGAGAGGUAUCUGGUGGAUGUGAAGGAGAGGAGAGGUAUCUGGUGGAUGUGGAGGAGAGGUAUCUGGUGGAGAGGUAUCUGGUGGAUGUGGAGGAGAGGUAUCUGGUGGAUGUGGAGGAGAGGUAUCUGGUGGAUGUGGAGGAGAGGUAUCUGGUGGAUGUGGAGGAGAGGUAUCUGGUAGAUGUGGAGGAGAGGAGAGGUAUCUGGUAGAUGUGGAGGGGAGGAGAGGUAUCUGGUGGAUGUGGUGGAGAGGUAUCUGGUGGAUGUGGAGGAGAGGAGAGGUAUCUGGUGGAUGUGGAGGAGAGGAGAGGUAUCUGGUGGAUGUGGAGGGGAGGAGAGGUAUCUGGUGGAGGGGAGGAGAGGUAUCUGGUGGAUGUGGAGGAGAGGUAUCUGGUGGAUGUGGAGGGGAGGAGAGGUAUCUGGUGGAUGUGGAGGAGAGGAGAGGUAUCUGGUGGAGGGGAGGAGAGGUAUCUGGUGGAUGUGGAGGAGAGGUAUCUGGUGGAUGUGGAGGGGAGGAGAGGUAUCUGGUGGAUGUGGAGGAGAGGAGAGGUAUCUGGUGGAUGUGGAGGAGAGGAGAGGUAUCUGGUGGAUGUGGAGGAGAGGAGAGGUAUCUGGUGGAUGUGGAGGAGAGGAGAGGUAUCUGGUGGAUGUGGAGGAGAGGAGAGGUAUGUGGUGGAUGUGGAGGAGAGGAGAGGUAUCUGGUGGAUGUGGAGGAGAGGAGAGGUAUCUGGUGGAUGUGGAGGAGGGGAGAGGAAUCUGUUGGAUGUGAAGGAGAGGAGAGGUAUCUGGUGGAUGUGGAGGAGAGGAGAGGUAUCUGGUGGAUGUGGAGGAGAGGAGAGGUAUCUGGUGGAUGUGGAGGAGAGGAGAGGUAUCUGGUGGAUGUGGAGGGGAGGAGAGGUAUCUGGUGGAGGGGAGGACAGGUAUCUGGUGGAUGUGGAGGAGAGGUAUCUGGUGGAUGUGGAGGGGAGGAGAGGUAUCUGGUGGAUGUGGAGGAGAGGAGAGGUAUCUGGUGGAUGUGGAGGAGAGGAGAGGUAUCUGGUGGAUGUGGAGGAGAGGAGAGGUAUCUGGUGGAUGUGGAGGAGAGGAGAGGUAUCUGGUGGAUGUGGAGGAGAGGUAUCUGGUAGAUGUGGUGGAGAGGUAUCUGGUGGAUGUGGAGGAGAGGAGAGGUAUCUGGUGGAUGUGGAGGAGAGGAGAGGUAUCUGGUGGAUGUGGAGGGGAGGAGAGGUAUCUGGUGGAGGGGAGGAGAGGUAUCUGGUGGAGGGGAGGAGAGGUAUCUGGUGGAUGUGGAGGGGAGGAGAGGUAUCUGGUGGAUGUGGAGGGGAGGAGAGGUAUCUGGUGGAUGUGGAGGAGAGGAGAGGUAUCUGGUGGAUGUGGAGGAGAGGUAUCUGGUGGAUGUGGAGGAGAGGAGAGGUAUCUGGUGGAUGUGGAGGAGAGGAGAGGUAUCUGGUGGAUGUGGAGGAGAUGUAUCUGGUGGAUGGAGAGGAGAGGAGAUGUAUCUGGUGGAUGGAGAGGAGAGGAGAGGUAUCUGGUGGAUGUGGAGGAGAGGUAUCUGGUGGAUGUGGAGGAGAGGAGAGGUAUCUGGUGGAUGUGGAGGAGAGGUAUCUGGUGGAUGAGAGGUAUCUGGUGGAUGUGGAGGAGAGGAGAGGUAUCUGGUGGAUGUGGAGGAGAGGAGAGGUAUCUGGUGGAGGGGAGGAGAGGUAUCUGGUGGAUGUGGAGGAGAGGUAUCUGGUGGAUGUGGAGGAGAGGUAUCUGGUGGAUGGAGAGGUAUCUGGUAGAUGUGGAGGGGAGGAGAGGUAUCUGGUGGAUGUGGAGGAGAGGUAUCUGGUGGAUGUGGAGGGGAGGAGAGGUAUCUGGUGGAUGUGGAGGAGAGGAGAGGUAUCUGGUGGAUGGAGAGGAGAGGUAUCUGGUGGAUGUGAAGGAGAGGAGAGGUAUCUGGUGGAUGUGGAGGAGAGGUAUCUGGUGGAGAGGUAUCUGGUGGAUGUGGAGGAGAGGUAUCUGGUGGAUGUGGAGGAGAGGUAUCUGGUGGAUGUGGAGGAGAGGUAUCUGGUGGAUGUGGAGGAGAGGUAUCUGGUAGAUGUGGAGGAGAGGAGAGGUAUCUGGUAGAUGUGGAGGGGAGGAGAGGUAUCUGGUGGAUGUGGUGGAGAGGUAUCUGGUGGAUGUGGAGGAGAGGAGAGGUAUCUGGUGGAUGUGGAGGAGAGGAGAGGUAUCUGGUGGAUGUGGAGGGGAGGAGAGGUAUCUGGUGGAGGGGAGGAGAGGUAUCUGGUGGAUGUGGAGGAGAGGUAUCUGGUGGAUGUGGAGGGGAGGAGAGGUAUCUGGUGGAUGUGGAGGAGAGGAGAGGUAUCUGGUGGAGGGGAGGAGAGGUAUCUGGUGGAUGUGGAGGAGAGGUAUCUGGUGGAUGUGGAGGGGAGGAGAGGUAUCUGGUGGAUGUGGAGGAGAGGAGAGGUAUCUGGUGGAUGUGGAGGAGAGGAGAGGUAUCUGGUGGAUGUGGAGGAGAGGAGAGGUAUCUGGUGGAUGUGGAGGAGAGGAGAGGUAUCUGGUGGAUGUGGAGGAGAGGAGAGGUAUGUGGUGGAUGUGGAGGAGAGGAGAGGUAUCUGGUGGAUGUGGAGGAGAGGAGAGGUAUCUGGUGGAUGUGGAGGAGGGGAGAGGAAUCUGUUGGAUGUGAAGGAGAGGAGAGGUAUCUGGUGGAUGUGGAGGAGAGGAGAGGUAUCUGGUGGAUGUGGAGGAGAGGAGAGGUAUCUGGUGGAUGUGGAGGAGAGGAGAGGUAUCUGGUGGAUGUGGAGGGGAGGAGAGGUAUCUGGUGGAGGGGAGGACAGGUAUCUGGUGGAUGUGGAGGAGAGGUAUCUGGUGGAUGUGGAGGGGAGGAGAGGUAUCUGGUGGAUGUGGAGGAGAGGAGAGGUAUCUGGUGGAUGUGGAGGAGAGGAGAGGUAUCUGGUGGAUGUGGAGGAGAGGAGAGGUAUCUGGUGGAUGUGGAGGAGAGGAGAGGUAUCUGGUGGAUGUGGAGGAGAGGUAUCUGGUAGAUGUGGUGGAGAGGUAUCUGGUGGAUGUGGAGGAGAGGAGAGGUAUCUGGUGGAUGUGGAGGAGAGGAGAGGUAUCUGGUGGAUGUGGAGGGGAGGAGAGGUAUCUGGUGGAGGGGAGGAGAGGUAUCUGGUGGAGGGGAGGAGAGGUAUCUGGUGGAUGUGGAGGGGAGGAGAGGUAUCUGGUGGAUGUGGAGGGGAGGAGAGGUAUCUGGUGGAUGUGGAGGAGAGGAGAGGUAUCUGGUGGAUGUGGAGGAGAGGUAUCUGGUGGAUGUGGAGGAGAGGAGAGGUAUCUGGUGGAUGUGGAGGAGAGGAGAGGUAUCUGGUGGAUGUGGAGGAGAUGUAUCUGGUGGAUGGAGAGGAGAGGAGAUGUAUCUGGUGGAUGGAGAGGAGAGGAGAGGUAUCUGGUGGAUGUGGAGGAGAGGUAUCUGGUGGAUGUGGAGGAGAGGAGAGGUAUCUGGUGGAUGUGGAGGAGAGGUAUCUGGUGGAUGAGAGGUAUCUGGUGGAUGUGGAGGAGAGGAGAGGUAUCUGGUGGAUGGGGAGGAGAGGAGAGGUAUCUGGUGGAUGUGGAGGAGAGGAGAGGUAUCUGGUGGAGGGGAGGAGAGGUAUCUGGUGGAUGUGGAGGAGAGGUAUCUGGUGGAGGAGAGGAGAGGUAUCUGGUGGAUGGAGAGGAGAGGAGAGGUAUCUGGUGGAUGGAGAGGAGAGGAGAGGUAUCUGGUGGAUGGAGAGGAGAGGAGAGGUAUCUGGUGGAUGUGGAGGAGAGGUAUCUGGUGGAUGUGGAGGGGAGGAGAGGUAUCUGGUGGAGGAGAGGUAUCUGGUGGAUGUGGAGGAGAGGAGAGGUAUCUGGUGGAUGUGGAGGGGAGGAGAGGAGAGGUAUCUGGUGGAUGUGGAGGAGAGGUAUCUGGUGGAUGUGGAGGAGAGGAGAGGUAUCUGGUGGAUUUGGAGGGGAGGAGAGGAGAGGUAUCUGGUGGAUGUGGAGGAGAGGUAUCUGGUGGAGGAGAGGUAUCUGGUGGAGGAGAGGUAUCUGGUGGAGGAGAGGUAUCUGGUGGAGGAGAGGUAUCUGGUGGAUGUGGAGGAGAGGAGAGGUAUCUGGUGGAUGUGGAGGAGAGGAGAGGUAUCUGGUGGAUGUGGAGGAGAGGAGAGGUAUCUGGUGGAUGUGGAGGAGAGGAGAGGUAUCUGGUGGAUGUGGAGGAGAGGUAUCUGGUGGAUGUGGAGGAGAGGUAUCUGGUGGAGGGGAGGAGAGGUAUCUGGUGGAUGGAGAGGAGAGGAGAGGUAUCUGGUGGAUGUGGAGGAGAGGAGAGGUAUCUGGUGGAUGUGGAGGAGAGGAGAGGUAUCUGGUGGAGGAGAGGAGAGGUAUCUGGUGGAGGAGAGGAGAGGUAUCUGGUGGAGGGGAGGAGAGGUAUCUGGUGGAUGUGGAGGAGAGGUAUCUGGUGGAUGUGGAGGAGAGGUAUCUGGUGGAUGUGGAGGAGAGGUAUCUGGUGGAUGUGGAGGAGAGGUAUCUGGUGGAGGGGAGGAGAGGUAUCUGGUGGAGGGGAGGAGAGGUAUCUGGUGGAUGGAGAGGAGAGGAGAGGUAUCUGGUGGAUGUGGAGGAGAGGUAUCUGGUGGAUGUGGAGGAGAGGUAUCUGGUGGAUGUGGAGGAGAGGUAUCUGGUGGAUGUGGAGGAGAGGUAUCUGGUGGAUGUGGAGGGAAGGAGAGGUAUCUGGUGGAUGUGGAGGAGAGGAGAGGUAUCUGGUGGAUGUGGAGGGGAGGAGAGGUAUCUGGUGGAUGUGGAGGGGAGGAGAGGUAUCUGGUGGAUGUGGAGGGGAGGAGAGGAGAUGUAUCUGGUGGAUGUGGAGGGAAGGAGAGGUAUCUGGCAGAUGUGGAGGAGAGGAGAGGUAUCUGGUGGAUGGAGAGGAGAGGUAUCUGGUGGAUGUGGAGGAGGGGAGAGGAAUCUGUUGGAUGUGAAGGAGGGGAGAGGAAUCUGUUGGAUGUGAAGGAGGGGAGAGGUAUCUGGUGGAUGUGAAGGAGAGGAGAGGUAUCUGGUGGAUGUGAAGGAGAGGAGAGGUAUCUGGUGGAUGUGGAGCGGAGGAGAGGUAUCUGGUGGAUGUGGAGGAGAGGUAUCUGGUGGAUGUGGAGGAGAGGAGAGGUAUCUUGUGGAGGGGAGGAGAGGUAUCUGGUGGAUGUGGAGGAGAGGUAUCUGGUGGAUGUGGAGGAGAGGAGAGGUAUCUUGUGGAGGGGAGGAGAGGUAUCUGGUGGAUGUGGAGGAGAGGUAUCUGGUGGAUGUGGAGGAGAGGAGAGGUAUCUGGUGGAUGUGGAGGAGAGGAGAGGUAUCUGGUGGAUGUGGAGGAGAGGAGAGGUAUGUGGUGGAUGUGGAGGAGAGGAGAGGUAUCUGGUGGAUGUGGAGGAGAGGAGAGGUAUCUGGUGGAUGUGGAGCGGAGGAGAGGUAUCUGGUGGAUGUGGAUGUGGAGGAGAGGUAUCUGGUGGAUGUGGAGGAGAGGUAUCUGGUGGAUGUGGAGGAGAGGUAUCUGGUGGAUGGAGAGGAGAGGUAUCUGGUGGAUGUGGAGCGGAGGAGAGGUAUCUGGUGGAUGUGGAGGAGAGGUAUCUGGUGGAUGGAGAGGAGAGGUAUCUGGUGGAUGUGGAGGAGAGGUAUCUGGUGGAUGUGGAGGGGAGGUUAAGAAUAAAUUCUUAUUUACAAGGAGGGCCAAACCCGGACGUCCUAUGGGACUCCCAAUCACGGCUGGAUGUGAUACAGCCUGGAUUCGAACCAGGGACUGUUGUGACGCCUCUUGUACUGAGAUUAGGCUGGACAAUAGAACGAGUCAAAAUUCACCCAAGGCUGAAAAUGGCAAAAGAACGUUGGCUAAGCUGGAACACUUGCGCAAGCUCAUAGCAAAUUAAUGGAAUGUUCACAGAGGCUGUUUUGACUGAAGUGAUGCUUAGAAUUCCAUUUCGCCUAAAUGGCACACAAAAAAAUUAUCCCUUUUUAUUUUACCACUAAAAUCUAAGUUCGCCAUUGCCAACAAUAGCAAAGCAGGCAUUGUGACAGUACAAUAAACUGGGAUUAGGAUGAAACUGAUUCAAGAGAGGAGAUUCAGCCUUACAUAAUUCGAGAGAGGAGAUUCUCAUGAUUAAAAUGGUGUCUGAAUUGGUAAAAAAUCUAAAUAUACACAUUCCGAGAUAUUUGGCGAAAUAUACGAAAUAUACCAGCAUGCUUCUCCAUAGGAAAACAAGGGCAAAAGGUAUUUCGGGGAUAUCGUUUAAUGACAACGAGAUACACUGCCCAGCCUUACAUAAUUAGAAAGAGGAGAUUCUCAUGAUUAAAAUGGUGUCUGAAUUGGUAAAAAAUCUAAAUAUACACAUUCCGAGAUAUUUGGCGAAAUAUACGAAAUAUACCAGCAUGCUUCUCCAUAGGAAAACAAGGGCAAAAGGUAUUUCGGGGAUAUCGUUUAAUGACAACGAGAUACACUGCCCAGCCUUACAUAAUUAGAAAGAGGAGAUUCUCAUGAUUAAAAUGGUGUCCAAUUUAAAAAAAAUCUAAAUAAACACAUUGCGAGAUAUUUGGCAAAAUAGACAGACAUACUUAUAUUUCCCUAUAGUAAACAAUGGGACGACCUCAGAGUUCCAUGAGUUUUUUUGUUGUUGUUUACAUUUGAACUAUAAACAAUGUGCGCACGUCUCUAUUGCCAACAAUAGCAAAGCAGGCAUUGUGACAGUACAAUAAACUGGGAUUAGUACGUUCGGAAGGCGAGUUGGUGCCACGGUGUACAAUAGAACUAAUAGGAGCUGGCAGGGUGAACAAUGCCCGAAAAUAAGGCCUAUUUUAUCGUGAUUACUUUAAAACUACGGCAGGCAGCUGGGAUAUUUUUUUUAUUUUUUUUAUUUCACCUUUAUUUAACCAGGUAGGCUAGUUGAGAACAAGUUCUCAUUUGCAACUGCGACCUGGCCAAGAUAAAGCAUAGCAGUGUGAACAGACAACAACACAGAGUUACACAUCGAGUAAACAAUAAACAAGUCAAUAACAUGGUAGGAAAAAAUAAUCUAUAUACAAUGUGUGCAAAAGGCACGAGGUAGGCAAUACAUCGAAUAAUUACAAUUUAGCAGAUUAACACUGGAGUGAUAAAUCAUCAGAUGAUCAUGUGCAAGAAGAGAUACUGGUGUGCAGAAAAGUAAAUAAAUAAAAGCAGUAUGGGGGUGAGGUAGGUAAAUUGGGUGGGUAGUUUACAGAUGGACUAUGUACAGCUGCAGCGAUCGGUUAGCUGCUCGGAUAGCAGAUUUUUAAAGUUGUUGAGGGAGAUAAAAGUCUCCAACUUCAGAGAUUUUUGCAAUUCGUUCCAGUCGCAGGCAGCAGAGAACUGGAAGGAAAGGCGUCCAAAUGAGGUUUUGGCUUUAGGGAUGAUCAGUGAGAUACACCUGCUGGAGCGCGUGCUACGGGUGGGUGUAGCCAUCGUGACCAGUGAACUG